UGCAAAUUGCCAGCAAACAUUGAAUUUCGGUGUGUGCAAUUAAAAAAUUCGAAAACAAUACUUUUCAAAAUGAUGAACGAGGCUGCUGCACUGGCAAACAUGAUACCGUACGACACAAUCGGACUCUACGAACAGCCCAAGCCCCGUUUCAUCUUUAAAAUGCCGCGGGUGGUGCCCGACCAGAAGUCCAAAUUCGAAAGCGAUGAACUCUUUCGUCGUUUAAGUCGCGAGAGUGAGGUACGCUAUACGGGCUAUCGGGAGCGCAGCAUUGAGGAGCGUCAGGUGCGUUUUAUGAACGGCUGUCGUGAGGGACACACAGAGGCCAGUUUUGUGGCAUCGGGCACAAAUCUACAGCUGGUGUUCAAUGCCAAUCAGAAUCCGUACCUGCACGACAAGGAGUGCGAUUUUGACAAGGAACACGGCAAGGUGCACAUCAAAUCCUAUUUCAUUAUGAAUGGCGUCUGUGUACGCUUCCGCGGCUGGCUGGAUCUGGAGCGUCUGGAUGGCGUUGGUUGUCUCGAGUAUGAUGAGCGGCGGGCCAUGCAUGAGGAUGCCAUUUUGCGGGAUCAGAUCGAUCGCUAUAAUCAGCGACUGCGCGAUUUUGAGGAUACCAAGCGAGCUUACCGCGACAAUCGCCAGGACGAGAUGGAGGCAGUACGGCGGGGUGUCGCCUCCGGCGGCAUUGGUGUCGGCGCCAGCAUGUGGCGUCGUUAGUUGGAUUUUUGGACGGCAUCAGCGCCGUCACAACAACAGCAGCAGCACCAGCAGCAGCAGCACCAACUGCAGCAGCAGCAACUGCAACAGCAGCACCUACUGCAGCAGCAUCAUCAGCAACAGCAGCAUGAGACUCAAUUCGCAAAUACUCAAUACUUUAUGGAAAACUGAAAAAUGCUCCAAACUAAAACUAAAAAAAAAACCCAACCUUGCCACCAAAAUGCGAGAU